CUGAAAGCGAACUGUAUGAAGAAACAACCUCGAAUCAAUUCCCUAUAAAUUUCUGUUACUCGCAGCUAUAACAGCCGCAUCUCUCUCUCUCUCUCUCUGCUUAAAACUCACAGAAAUGGUAUCGAAGAACCCGAACCCCUCAGAGGGAUUCUACCUCGAUCCCAGUGCGCUCCCCAGCCUCGUUCCGUUGGCCGCAACCACGGGGGCGUCCACCGCCAACUCGGCGGAGGACCCCGCCAAGAAGACGCGGAAGCCAUACACUAUAACUAAAUCUAGAGAGAGCUGGACCGAACCCGAGCACGACAAGUUCCUCGAAGCUCUUCAACUGUUUGACCGUGACUGGAAAAAGAUUGAAGCAUUUGUUGGAUCGAAGACAGUUAUCCAGAUACGUAGCCAUGCACAGAAAUACUUUCUAAAAGUUCAGAAGAGCGGGACAAGUGAACAUCUUCCUCCACCCAGACCAAAACGAAAAGCCGCUCAUCCAUAUCCUCAGAAAGCUUCUAAAAAUGCACCAGUACUCGCGCAAGUAUCUGGAUCAUUUCAGUCUUCAUCUGCUUUGCUUGAAUGUGGACAUGUCCUGCAGCCUGAUUCUUCAGCAAUGCUUAAAACACCUAUUGUUAGCGCUGCGGUGUCUUCCUGGUCAAACAACACCCUGCAGCAAAAAGCCAAUGCAUUGCAUGGGCAAAAAGUAAAUAACUGUUGUAGUAGCAGCGAAAGCACUCCCAGAGCACAAGCACCUGGUGAAUCUAAUGUUCAAGGGAACAAUAGCCAUCCUUUGAGAGUUCUUCCGGAUUUCACUCAAGUGUACCGCUUCAUUGGCAGUGUAUUUGACCCAAGCAUAACUGGGCAUCUACAGAAACUAAAAAGGAUGGAUCCUAUAGAUGUUGAAACGGUGCUACUACUGAUGAGAAAUCUGUCUAUCAAUUUAAGGAGCCCAGAUUUUGAGGAUCAUAAACUUGAACGACUACUAUGGUUGACAUCAAAUUGCAUGCUCAAGGAUAGAAGGAAUAAUGAGAUUCAUAUAUGUUCAUGCAGAGAAGGUUGCUUGCCUCGUAUGAGGUGGAACUCGAAACAGACAGCUACAUCAAUGCAGAUAGACCUAUGACUGGUGGGCAGUUGAAGACAGCUACUUAGAUGCGGCAGAGGCAGAAAAUGACUUCAUUUUUCACAAAUUAGAUGUUGUCAUUGAUUAGGAUUUUGCGUGAUGAGAUGAAGAUGCCACGGAAGGGCAGCAAGCUGAGAGGUUCCAGACUAAGCAAGGGUUUCAAUUCCCCGCAUUCAUUUAGAUCAUGUAUAUAUCAAUCAACUUGUUAGAAAAGAAUACAAUAAAGCCCCUAUGUAUAGCUUUCCUAGUUCUGUGUAUGUAUGUACAGGACCGAAUAUGUGUUUCAGACUUUUUGGUUUAAUUCUAGCAACUAGCAAGGCAGUUUUUAGGCAGCACAAAAGUGUAGACAUUGGCAGUAUAAAAUUUUUGAUCUGGCUUAUAAAUAAUGGAAGGCCAUCGGGCCUGGUUUACUU